UGAGCGGAGGCCAGUGGAGGGAUUGGCAGAGAGGGAUGGAGGACACUGAGCGGAGGCCAGUGGAGGGAUUGGCAGAGAGGGAUGGAGGACACUGAGCGGAGGCCAGUGGAGGGAUUGGCAGAGAGGGAUGGAGGACACUGAGCGGAGGCCAGUGGAGGGAUUGGCAGAGAGGGAUGGAGGACACUGAGCGGAGGCCAGUGGGGAUUGGCAGAGGGAUGGAGGACACUGAGAGGAGGCCAGUGGAGGGAUUGGCAGAGAUUGGAUUGAGGACACUGAGCGGAGGGAUUGGCAGAGAGAGAUGGCAGAUAUGGAACGCAGCGUUCAUGAUAGACUGAAGAGGGGAUAGCCUGUGAUGACACUUAUUCUGAAAUAUGAACUGUCUGUA